AUGCCGCGAUUGUUCUGCUUUGAAGGUAAAGAGUAUCUGUUCAUGAAGUUUGGCUCUGUCGCUGGCCACCCUCUUGUCGGCUGCCCCCGACACUGCGCUUCCCUGGCCGCCGCCUCCUUCCAAGCAGGCCUCCUUGAGAGUCAACUCUACGGCUUCGUGCUCUUUUGGAAGUUAGCGGACUUUGUCCAGGAGUUAACAUUUUUCCUAAAUGAGUCCUGCAAGCUGGAGAGUGAGCUGUUUUUCUCUCCUUACUGCAAGCCAGCAUCUAAGGGAGUGAAAAAGCCCUCCAUAAAUGUAAGAGAAGGGUCAAAAGACCCACCAUGGCUGGCCACUCCACAGCACAAGGUGGCUUUUGCAGUUGCCUCUGCUGCCGAGUACUGGCCUAGAAUGUUCAGUGCUUGGUUUGGAACCUGGCAACAGGAGCAGACCACUGCUGAGCUGGCUGAGGGAAUGGAGUGGGCACCUGGGGAACAGCCCUGGCGGGCAUCACAGGCUCAGUUACCCCCUGUGGGGUUCCUUGGGGGUCUCCUUGUUAUGUUUUCCAUCCUGGAAAAGCACAGUCCAUAUUCCUCCCCCAGGAGCCUGCGAUGCACCUCCAUGCCACCGUACCCGCUCCCUGUGUUUCCAGCUGGGUUCUUCCUAAAUUCAGCCCCAUAUAACUGCUUCAAGCUUCACUGGCCUUCUCAGAGAUUAUCAGCCACAGGGAGUUUUAGUGUUACUUUCGAGAAUAUACUCAAACAGGCGGUAGAUCAGAUCAAGAGUCAGGAGCAGCUGGCUGUGGAGCUUUUAGAAUAUACUGCCAAGAUCGCCCUGCUGGAGGAGGCGUGGUGGCGCAAGGAGGACGAGGUGGAGGAGUGGCAGCACAGUGGCUUCAGAGAAGCCCAGGACUACCUGGUGAAGACCAAGGAAGAGCUGCACCUGGUAAUGACGGCCCCGCCACCCCCGCCACUGCAUGUAUGAACUUGUGAGUUACCACAUGUAGGAGAGCUGCAGGAGGAGGGCGCGGAGCCCAUGGGCUACAGCGCUGAGCUCUCCAGCAAGGGCAUCCUGGACCACCGCAACGAGGAGAAGCGCAUCAGGGAGGUGGAGAAGAAUGAGCGUGUGCAGUGGCAGUUGCUGACUCUGAGCAGCGAGUUGUCCCAGGCCACAGAUGAGAACAAGAGGACCUACAACGACAUCAUCUACAGCGAGAACAUGAGGCAAGGCCGGGACAAGUACAAGACCCUGCGCCAGGUCCGGCAGGGCAGCACCAAGCAGCGCAUUGAGGAGUUGGAGGCCAUGUAGAGACCAGGGCAGUGCAUAGGGCACUGGGAGCUCUGGCAGAGGGUCCAGGCAGCCUGGGCACCCAGGCUCUUUAGUACUCCAAAUCUAGAAACCCUUUCCCCGUGUUCCAGGUCUCUUAAAGAGCAGUUACCGGAUGGAAGUACUCUGGGCUGGGCGCCACCCUGGUUAUUUUUCCCAGCUGUAUCAUAGUGCCAAAAAGGCCUGAUUUUUAUAAUUAUCCAAUCACUUCCUGUUGUAUCCUUGGAGCAGGACUGAUGGAAUUAAGAUGCCUGUAAAAUCCAAGUACAAACUUUACACUAGUAUU